AUGGACAGAAUAUUUGAAGCAAAUGCUGGGUCAUCGAAGCAACGCGGAAAGGAACGGACCAAUCAGGAAGAUCGUUGGGAUGCGUUGGGUAGGCGGUGCGGCGGCGGCACGUUGGCAGUCCGCAGGGUUUUGCAGAGUUCAUUCCGCUCGCGCCUGGGAAGCAGCGACAAGGCGGAAGUAGUGCUGGCUGCCUCAACUCUCUUCCAGCGAUGGAGCGGGGGGAGUAGGGACCGAGAUCCACCGAAACACCGCAUAACCUCCUCCAAACAGCCGCUACGGGGGGACGCGGAGACCUCCCUCUCACCCAGUAAGUAACAAAGGCAUAAUAAAGUAACGGAUCAUUUCAACUGACAAGCAGUCUGGAGGAGGAUUUAUCAAUGAUGCUAUCCAAUAAGCUAGCCCCUAAUGCUAAAGUUGUUGCACAAGCUAGCUAGGCGCUUGCAAAAAGUGGAAUAUACUUUACGAAACUACUUCCGAACUUCUCAGACUUUUUCAGAGUUUCCAUCGAUUGACAGUCAUUCACCUAACUUUUGACGAUUGCUCCUACAUGUAUCAUAGCUAGACCUUGAUCAUAACUCCGUUCCAUUACUUUACACAUAAGAGUCAUUGGAUAAAGUCGUCUUCUGUACAGGGGAGGUUUGUUAAGAGCCCAGACGUUCGGUCUGAACAUUAACACGCAUUGCUUGCGGUACGGUUUUGGAAGCAUAACGGCCUUAUCUUUCAUAUCAGCGUGAAACAUUUUUCUCAAAACAAAAGGUUAAAUUGAUACACACCCUUUAUAGGGAUAGGGUUGGUGUUCCUACAAGGUCAUAUCUACAUGUUACAGCUGUGUUGUGAUGUUGCCCGGCAAUUGAAAGGGACAGGCGGCUAUUUGAGACUCAGCGUUUUUACGGUAGUCAAUUUUCUUCUUCUUCAUUGGCUGAUUGCUUCCAACUCAUAGGAAUCCCCACCCAGUUGACUACUUUAAAAUGGUGGAAUCCCUCAAUGGCAAUGUCCAUGUUAAAACAGUUUAUAUCCAUGAUGAGUCCUAUCUAUGUAUGGUUUACUCCAAACGGAAAACGCAAACAAGAGUUUCUAUUGUAUACAUUUGGGUAGGUUCCUCCCCGUUUCAUUCCGAUUGCUCUGUUUGCUUCCAUUUGGUUCUUAAACGGUUUUCAUAAUGAAUACACCCCUGGUAGUCUGGCUAGAUUUCUGGCUCCACCUCUCUUCCUGUCCAUGCUGUCUUGUUGGGGGGACCGACCUAGCUAUAUCAGGGAUGUCCAACUCUUUCAAUAGAGUGUCUGCUGGUUUUGUUAUUUCCUUUCAAUGUUUCCGAUUAUAAGACGUAGACGACCAGCAGAGGGGAAUCCCUAACAUGGUUGACAUGUAUAGGGGACAGACAGUUCAACAUAGAGGGGUCAUGCAGAUAGGACAUGGAUCCUGCUUGGUAGUAUAUCUGGUAUAAACUAACAUCAACCAGUUUGAAUCAAGGAAAAACAGUUUAAACUAACACAAACUGGUUUAAGGCUAGUUUUAUCUGAUUUAGGAGAUUUUGAUCUGGUUUUAGCCAGCAUGCUCACAAUACUGUAAUCAAUAUCCCACAGGGAUCCCAAGCUGAGCACUAAUACCAUUUGAUUGAUUUAGUGAAGGGGAGUCCAACUCAUUCCAUGGAGGGCCCAGUGUCGGCUGGGUUUCUUAUCUCCUCUCAACUUGUGUCCAGUUAAGACCCAGACAACCAGGCGAUGAAGAGUGAUUAUAUCACCAUAACAACAGUGGUGGCUUUGCGUCUUAUGUUGUUUACAUAUGCGUUAGCGUUUCGUUCUUUUGUGCUUCAGUCAAUCAAACAUCGUUACCUCGUUUACCUGUAUUAGGUGACACACAUGGGAUGCAUCACAAAUGGCACCCUAUUCCCUAUGUAGUGCUCUACUUUUGACCAGGGACCUAUGGUAAAGUAGUGCACUAUAUAGGGAAUUGGGUGCCAUUUGGCACACACACUCGGUUUGGAGUUUUUUUACUCAGUCAUUAUUGCACAGUUCUACCUCUCCUCUUACUGGCUAGAGAGAGAGAGGGAGGGACAUAGAGAGGGUGACAAGGACAGAGAGAGGGAGGGACAGAGAGAGGGAGGGACAGAGAGAGGGAGGGAGGGACAGAGAGAGGGAGGGAGGGACAGAGAGAGGGAGGGAGGGACAGAGAGAGGGAGGGACAGAGAGAGAGGGAGGGACAGAGAGAGAGGGAGGGACAGAGAGAGGGAGGGACAGAGAGAGAGGGAGGGACAGAGAGAGAGAUGAAGAGAUGGAAAUCACUUGCUGGAUGAGCGGGCGGCAGAGAGGAUAGGGGGCUGGAGCAAGGGAUGCGUGCAAAGGAAGGAGAGGAAUAUGCCUGUUGCUGAGCGCUCGGGGAGGAGGAGAAGAAAUGGUGAAUAACGGAACAGCUGGAUCUGAGAGAGGAAGAGAUAAAAUAGUGAACACAGCUGGUUUCUGUGGCAUGCAGGUUUGGGUUCACACGCAGUGUGAGGGGGGUGAUUUGAUGAGUGAAUGCCUGAGUGAGAGAAAGUGAGAGUGUGGUUGUGUUAGAUAGAGGCACAUGGUUUUGAUUGGUCUCUCCUGUGUGAGUCUCUUGUGGUCGGCUACCUCAGUAACUCCUCAGAGACUGGCUUAUAACCUCAUGACGAUACAUCCUACUCUUCUUACCUACACAGCUAACCUGUUGACAUCUAAUUGAAGUGGAACGAAAAGUGUUUAUGCAACAGUUUGUGCGUCCCUAAAUGGCACCCUAUCCCCUACAUAGUGCACUACUUUUUAACCCUAUGGGCCCUGGUCAAAAUAAGUUCACUACGCAGGAAAUAUGGUGCCAUUUGGGACACAUUCGACAGUGUUUAGUAACUAGACCAGAGGCAGAGAGCAUCAGGGGAGACGCCACUCCACGGCAGUUGGUUCCCCUUACAGAGUAAAUGUGUGUUUUCCUGGGUUCAAAUACUAUUUCAAAUCAUUUCAAAUACAUUAUACGGCCUUGAUUGAGCUUGCCUGGCACAGUGGAACCAAUAGAAUAGUUGCAAGCGGUCAAACCCCACCCAUCUGGAACUCCCAACAUGCUAGAGAGCAAACGCUAAAAGUAUUUGAAAGAUUUCAAAUAAUAUUUGAAACAAGGUAUGUAUUCUAUAGUAUUUUAGUGUGUAGCCCUUGUUGCCUGUCUUGUAGCAUUGUGUGAGUCAGUAGUACAGGUGGGUGGGUGCAUAACUGUGACAGAGGAACAAUGGAACUAGUACCUACCUGUCUACCUUUUUAAGUCUGUUGCCCCUGGCAACUGUUAGCAGUUGAUGUUAUUCUUCAAUAACACAGACCCCAAAGCAAAUCAGGGGGAGAAAUAUAUAUUUAUUCAAAGAGAACAAAUAAUAGUUGUUAUGCUGGAAAGUAGAUGUUUACAUUUACAUUUUUUACAUUUAAGUCAUUUAGCAGACGCUCUUAUCCAGAGCGACUUACAAAUUGGUGCAUUAAACUUAGGUUAGCCAGUGGGACAAUCACAUCUUGAUCACAGUAAGUACACUUCUUCAAACAAGCAGCUGUGAGCAAAGUCAGUGCAAUCAGGGACAACUACAUCUCGAUCACAAUAAGUACAUUUCUUUAAACAAGUCAGUGCUAGCAGGUGAAAUAAGUCAGGUGUUAGUUUAGACAAAAGACAGUGGUAGUAAGGGGGGGUAGAAGGAUUACUAUAAUACUAUUCCAGGUAUUCCUUAAAGAGGUAGGGUUUCAAGUGUCUCCGCUGUCCUGGCGUCGUGGGAGAGCUUGUUCCACCAUUGGGGUGCCAGAGCAGCGAAUAGCUUUGACUGGGCUGAGCGGGAACUGUGCUUCCAUAGAGGUAGGGGGUCUGAUCAGAGCCUGAAGGUAAGGAGGUGCCGUUCCCCUCACAGCUCCGUAGGCAAGCACCAUGGUUUUGUAGUAGAUGCGAGCUUCAACUGGAAGCCAGUGGAGUGUGCGGAGGAGCGGGGUGACGUGAGAGAACUUGGUAAGGUUGAACACCAGACGGGCUGCAGCGCUCUGGAUAAGUUGCAGGGGUUCAUUCUCUCCUGUCCUUAAUGUUUUCUCCACUGAACAAAUAGACAGGAUGUAGUUUAUAGCCUCAAGCCUAGCAUGUGGCUGACCAAUUAGAAUUCCUUGCAAUAAAAUUGGGCCAAUGGUCAAACCCCCAAGUAUCCUGUUUCAGGCUCAAUGUAUAGACAAUUUCGACCAAUGAGAACUUGCCACAUGUAGCUAUGAGUCCCUGGUUGGAACCCCUACACAGAUUCUAAACAGAUGUUGAACUGAAAAACAACUAUUUCCAUUGAUCGUUAAUUCCCUCUUGACCUCUAUUGACCACUAGUCCUCUGCGUUGUGUAUUUAUCUUGGAAUAUUCUUACACAACCAUUAUGCAAGAGAUGCAGAGAGCGGGUCACCUUGUCUUGUCUGUACCGGUACUGUACUUCACACACACACCACACCACACACACACACACACAGAGCCCUCUCCAGUUUCAGCUGGAAGGCACCUGUUCCCUCUCUUCCGCCCAGCCAUGGCACCCUAUUCCCUACACAGAGCCUUAUGGGCCAUGUCAAAUGUAGUGCUCUACAUACCGAAUAGGGUGUUCAGGUACCACACCUGAGGUCAUGUAGUGGUGUAGGGGUAAGUUGCCCCUAGACACUGUUGUUGGGUCAGUUUGGCAUUUUCCCUACUUAUAGUUAAAGAUAGGAUUGGGGUAGGGGAAGCUGAUUCUAGAUCUCUACCUAGUGGAAAACUACACAAAGGAGCGCUGGUAGCCCAGAGUCAUAUUCAUUAGUGUAAACAUGUUGCAACAGGAAAUGUUAUGCAAAGAAAACUGAGUUUCUUUCUUAUUGGAUGAGUUCAGUUUCUGUCUGUUUUCUUUCGUUUAGUGUCUAGUGAAUACGACCCAGUCCUGGGGUGCCUUGCUCAGUCACUAGCUAGGUUUCCAUCCAAUUGCAGACAGAUCUUCAUGCGAAUAUUGAAAAAUACGCAUAAAGAAAUUAUGCGCAUUUUCCCACCAUGGUUUCCACCAAACGGACUUGUUGCGGUUAAAAGUCAAUGCUUGAUGACCUAGUGCACACAAAAUGUACUUUUUCGCUUAUGUUUUCAUGAAAUGAAUAAAAAUCUUUAAAAAAUCUAAACAAUCUAAAAAUCUAGACCACUGCAUCGCAGUGCUAGCUGUGCCACUAGAGAUCCUGGUUCGAAUCCAGGCUCUGUCAUAGCCGGCCGCGACCGGGAGACCCAUGGGGCGGCGCACAAUUGGCCCAGCUUCGUCCAGGGUAGGGGAGGGAAUGGCCGGCAGGGAGGUAGCUCAGUUGGUAGAGCAUGGCGUUUGCAACGCCAGGGUUGUGGGUUCGAUUCCCAUGGGGGGCCAGUAUAAAAAAUUAAAUCAAAACAAUUAUAAUGUAUGCACUCACUAACUGUAAGACGCUCUGGAUAAGAGCGUCUGCUAAAUGACAAAACAUGUUAAAUGUAAAAUGUAAUGCGUUUCCAUCGCAUUUUCAACUCUACCGAUAUAGUUUUGUCACAUAAAUGUGCGUUAAAUAGCAAAUGUGCCUACUCUGGUCUUGGCACCUGCGCUCUAGCCAACAGCUCGCAGAUACAGUGUGGCUACGUAGGCUAGUCUACAUGAUGAGAUUAUUAUGGAUAAGAACGAGAAUAUUUGUAUUUGUCAAAUGGCAGUUAAACAUCAAUUAUCAUGUCACCAGAAUAAGACCCUCGAUAUUUAUUGGAAAGGAGCAUCAAGCUGAUUAACGUGCACUUUCACCACCCUGUGAAGUUAAUCAUAAUUUAUUUAAUCUGUAGCCUAAUAAACUGCAUGCUUUCCUGAGUCGUAGUGGGAGGACCGCACACCAGAUCAUCACGUGACUCCAAGUUUACUUCGAUAUGAUGGAUAAUAUACCAAUAUUUGCGCAUAAAGGCGUUUCCACCACCAUCUUUCGCAUAAUUACUUUUACAGACACAAAAAGUUACCACCAUGUCGAACAAACAAAUUAUAUCUCUGCAUUUAUAAAAUUGUACCGAAACUACCUGUUUCCAUCACAGCUGUCGUGAUUUUUUCAAUUUAAUUUGGUAUGACUUUACUCGCAUAAAAACUGUGGAUAUAAACGUGGUUAGUGGAAUGGACCAUUUCACUAAUGCUCAGCACCAGGCUGCAGUAUAACAAUAAACAGUGGACAAUAUAUUGAAUGAACAGCAAUUAAAAAACAUUUGUUCUCUUCCUCUCCUCUUCUUUUUCCAAUUUACUUUCCCCUUGUAUCUCUGGCUUCUCUCUCUCUCCCUCUUUCUCUCCCUGUCUGUCCAUCUCUCUCUCUUUAUCUCUCUUUUGCCCCGCUCUCUUUCUCUCUCACCACCCCCACCCCCCGCCUUCCCAGCUCCCUCUCCCAUGUCCGUUAUCCCAGGGUAUAAUUCAGAGCCGGAACGUGGUGGUGGUCCUGAUUAUUCCAGUUCCAUGAAUUCCCUGCGGAUUUCCGUGCGAGGACUUCCCGGCCUGGCCUCCAUGGCCGGCGCCGCCUCCGCUUCCGACCCCCGCUUCCGCCUAAAAUGGAGGGCAAUCACCGUGGCAACACUCCUAGCCCUCUCCCUCCUCCUCUACCUGCACCAGACGACGGGGGGUGGAGCUGGCGGCGAUGAGGUCUUCGGCGGCGUCUCCUCUGACCGCUUCCAUCACCACGGUAACGGGGCGCAAAGCUGGCGGACGAACAACAACAAGAAAGUAAACAAUAACGGUGUCCGUCAACUGGUGGCAGCAGUGGGAUCCAACAGCGGCGUCAACUCGAAGAAUAAACGUUACAACGACACGUAUCCUCUCAGCCCGCCGGAGAGGACGGCGUACGGGAGCAUCCGGUACCGUAUCGGGGUGAUCGCCGACUUGGACACGGCCUCACGGAGCACCAAGGUAUUUAAAUCACCCUUAAAAACACUCAUUUCAGCUUUAUCCGUUAUUAGACUGUGUUUAUGUUAUUUUAUUCAUCAGUUUGAUCCUGUUUGCUUUAUUUCUUUCAUUUGACUGUUUUACUAUAAACCGCGUGGGGAUUUUAAGUGCAAUCAAAAUAUAAUGUGAUUGAAUUUGAUGUUAAUUUAAGGAGCUUAUCUUAUUUUAAGGAGCAGACGUGUUCAGCUACAUCAGGAAUUAAUACAGUAUGUCUUAACUUAUGUUAUUUUAUCUUAUCUUAUAUUAGGAGUAGACGUGGUUCAGCUACAUACUAUAAAAUAAAGUAUUUAUCUUAUUUUAUCUUAUUUUAGGAGUAGACAUGGUUCAGCUACAUGCAAAAAUAAAGUAUUUAUCUUAUGUUAUGUGUAGGGUCAGACGUGGUUCAGCUUCAUGCGGAGGGGCCACCUGGUGGUGUCUGAGAGUGGGGACAGAGUGGAGGUGGAGUGGGACCCAGACACCCUGACCCUGGAGAGCCACCUGGCUGAGAAGGGACGAGGUGGUUUAAAUUACUGUGGUUCCGUCUAAAAUGGCACUCUAUUCCCUAAUUAGUGCACUACUUAGUAGUGUAGUAUAUAGCGAAUGGGGUGCCAUUUGGGACUCAAACGGUGUUGUACCAUUUAUUCAAAUGGUUUCAAUGCUUUAAUAUCAGCAUUUGUCACAAACCGCUUUUAAAGCUGCAAUAUGUAACUUUUUGGGCGACCCAACCAAAUUCACAUAGAAAUGCGUGUUAUAGAUCUGUGGCAGCCCUCCGCACCUCUCUGAUUCAGAGGGGUUGGUUUAAAUGCGGAAGACACAUUUCAGUUGAAUGCAUUCAGUUGUACAACUGACUAGGUAUCUUCCUUUCCCUUUAGUUCUCAUUGGAAGCAAGUCUAAGAAGCGGUAGAUAUGUUCUAUGUGUGCUAUUUCUAUGCUUCCCAUUCUUAAGUUUAGAUUCUCUACACUAUACUUUCUUGUUUUGUCACAUAAACUGAAAUAAGGCAAACUAUUAUAAUUUUAGCAACCAGGAAAUGGCGGAGUGAUUUCUGCAUAGUGCAUCUUUACAGUCAGUAACCAGUAGUGCAUCUUUACAGUAACCAGUAGUGCAUCUUUACAGUAACCAGUAGUGCAUCUUUACAGUAACCAGUAGUGCGUCUUUACAGUAACCAGUAGUGCAUCUUUACAGUAACCAGUAGUGCGUCUUUACAGUAACCAGUAGUGCGUCUUUACAGUAACCAGUAGUGCAUCUUUACAGUAACCAGUAGUGCAUCUUUACAGUAACCAGUAGUGCGUCUUUACAGUAACCAGUAGUGUAUCUUUACAGUAACCAGUAGUGCAUCUUUACAGUAACCAGUAGUGCAUCUUUACAGUAACCCGGCCUAGACACCAAAGACUAAGCAGAAGAGGAGGGUGGUUUAAACCAGGGGUUCUCAAACCUCUCCUCAGGGACCCCAAAGUCAUUCCAUGUUUUUGAUCUAUUCCAGAGCUAGCACCCCUGAUUCAACUUGUCAAUUAAUCAUCAAACCGUCGACUAGGUGAAUCAGGUGAUCUAGUUCAGGGCUACAAUGGAAUUGUGAAACGUCUGAUGUUCCCUGAGGAGACGUUUGAAAACCACUGGUUUAAACCACUGUGUUGUGUUAUCUUAGCCUGGCUGCCAGACCACUCUGUUUCUGCUCUCUUGCCAACUCCUUAUGGAAUUGUCAUGCUGUGUAAGGAGUUGGCUAGAGAGCAGAGACAGACAGGCAGCCAGGCUAGUAUCACAUACAGUAGUUGGAAUGUGUUCUCCUUUCUUCUGUCUCAUGAGAAGUAGAAAACUUCAGAAAGUAUUCAUACUCCAUGACUUAUUCCACAUGUUGUUGUGUUCCAGCCUGAAUCCAACAUGGAUUUCAUAUAUAUUUUUCUCUCACCCAUCUACACACAAUACCCCAUAAUGACAAAGUGAAAACAUGUUUUUAGAAAUCUUUGCAAAUGUAUUGAAAAUGAAAUACAGAAAUAUCUUAUUUACAUAAGUAUUCACACCCCUGAGUCAAUACGUGUUAGAAUCAUAUUUGGCAACAAUUACAGCUGUGAGUCUUUCUGGGUAAGUUUCUAAGAGCUUUGCACAACUGGAUUGUACAAUAUUAGCCUAUUAUUAAUUCUUCAUGCUCUGUCAAAUUGGUUGUUGAUCAUUGCUAGACAACCAUUUUCAAGCCUUGCCAUCAAUUUUCAAGUAGAUUUAAGUCAAACAUUCACUGUCUUCUUGGUAAGCAACUCCAGUGUAGAUUUGGCCUUGGGUUUUAGGUUAUUGUCCUGCUGAAAGGUGAAUUAAUCUCCCAGUGUCUGGUGGAAGCAGACUGAACCAGGUUUUCCUCUAGGAUUUUGCCUGUGCUUAGCUCUAUUCCGUUUCUUGUUUAUCCUGAAAAACGACCCAGUCCUUAACGAUUACAAGCAUACCCAUAACAUGAUGCAGCCACCAAUAUGCUUAAAAAUAUGGAGAGUGGUACUAAGUAAUGUUUUGUAUUGGAUUUGCUCCAAACAUAACACUUUGUAUUCAGGACAAAAGGUUAAUUGCUUUGCCACAUUUUUUGCAGUAUUACUUGUUUAGUGCCUUGUUGCAAACCAGAUGCAUGUUUUGGAAUAUAUUUUAUUCUGUACAGCCUUCCUUCUUUCUUUUCACUCAGUCAACUAGGUUAGUAUUGUGGAGUAACUACAAUGUUGUUGAUCCAUCCUCAGUUUUCUCCUAUCACAGCCAUUAAACUCUUUUAAAGUCACCAUUGGCCUCAUUGUGAAAUCCGUGAGCGGUUUCCUUCCUCUCCGGCAACUGAGUUAGGAAGAAAGCCUGUAUCUUUGUAGUGACUGGGUGUUUUGAUACACCAUCCAAAGUGUAAUUAAUAACUUCACCAUGUUCAAAGGGCUAUUCAAUGUAUGCUUUUUUUAUGUUUACCCAUCUACCAAUAGGUGCCCUUCUUUGCGAGGCAUUGGAAAACCUCCCUGGUCUUUGUGGUUGAAUCUGUGUUUGAAAUCCACUGCUCGACUGAGGGACCUUACAGAUAAUUGUAUGUGUGGGGUACAGAGAUGAGGUAGUCAUUCAAAAACCAUGUUAAACACUAUUAUUGCACACAGAGUGAGUUCAUGCAACUUAUUAUGUGACUUGUUAAGCAUAUUUUUAUUCCUGAAUUUAUUUAGGCUUGCCAUAACAAAGGUGUUGAAUACUUAUUGACUCAAGACAUUUCAACUUUUCAUUUGUUAUUAAUUUGUAAAAAUGUAGAAAAACAUUAUUCCACUUUGACAUUAUGGGGUAUUGUGUGUAGGCCAGUGACCAAAAAAUCUCAAUUUAAUCAAUUUUAAAUUCAGGCUGUAACACAACAACAUAUGGAAAAAGUCAAGGGGUGUGAAUACUUUAUGUACUUAAUAUUGAUGAAGACUGUGCUGCGCUGGGUGCAUCAAAUAUCGACCGACCGACUGAUCAUUAUAUUGACUGACCAAUCAUUAUAUUGACUGACCAAUCAUUAUAUUGACUGACCAAUCAUUAUAUUGACUGACCGAUUAUUAUAUUGACUGACCGAUUAUUAUAUUGACUGACCGAUCAUUAUAUUGACUGACGAUCAUUAUAUUGACUGACUGAUUAUUGUACCAGGUAUGGAGCUGUCGGAGCUGGUUGCGUUCAACGGUCACCUGUACAGUGUGGACGACCGUACAGGAGUUAUCUACAGGAUAGAGGGGAACCAGGCCGUACCCUGGGUUAUACUAACUGAUGGAGACGGGUCUGUCUCAAAAGGUCAGUGUUAAGGUGUGUGUGGGGUGUGGGGGGGGUGUAGUGCUCAAAGCAGAGUGGCUGGCGCUGAAGGAUGAGUGUCUGUACGUGGGAGGGUCUGGGUAAAGAGUGGAUCACCAGGACCAUACUGUAAUAACCUCUAACCCCUGACCUCUGUGUAGGGUUCAAGGCGGAGUGGCUAGCGGUGAAGGAUGAGUGUCUGUACGUGGGAGGGUCUGGGUAAAGAGUGGAUCACCAGGACCAUACUGUAAUAACCUCUAACCCCUGACCUCUGUGUAGGGUUCAAGGCGGAGUGGCUAGCGGUGAAGGAUGAGUGCCUCUACGUGGGUGGUCUGGGUAAAGAGUGGACGACCACUACCGGAGAGUUCAUCAACGACAACCCCGAAUGGGUCAAGGUGGUGGGUUACCGCGGCGACGUGGAACACGAGAACUGGGUGCCGCGCUACAACGCCCUGCGCAGCGCAGCCGGGAUUCAACCGCCAGGUGAGGGAGGGGGCGGAGUCUAGUCUAAUACACCUGUCUUUAAUCCUCUUGGUUCCUGGAAGAACGUAUGACUCACCCAUUCAUCUUUGUCUCUGUCACGCUAACUCUCUUCCUCUUUUAAAGUUCAUGCACACACCUUUACUCACUUCUUUCAUUCUCACUUUCUAUUGUCUCUGUCUCCGAGGCAACCUGAUCCAUCAAGUUAGUUGUCUUCAUCUCUCACUGUCUCUGUCUAUCAAUCAAUCAUCUCACCAUCUCUGUCAACUGGGUUAUUUCACUCUCUCUCUCUCUCUCUCUCUCUCUCCCAUCCAGGUUACCUGAUCCAUGAGUCUGCGGCGUGGUCCGACCGCCUCCAGCGCUGGUUCUUCCUCCCCCGCCGCGCCAGCUCGGAACGCUACGAUGAGACGGCCGACGAGCGCCGCGCCACCAACCUCCUCCUCUCCUGCCCCUCGGACUUCAGUGACAUCACCGUGGGGCACGCUGGACCCCUCCACCCAACGCACGGUUUCUCCUCGUUCAAGUUCGUACCGGACACCGACGAUCAGAUCGUACUAGCGUUGAAGUCGGAGGAGGACGCGGGGAAGAUAGCGACGUAUGUCCUCGCGUUUACGUUGGACGGGAGGAUGUUGCUGCCGGAGACGAAGAUAGGAGAUGUGAAGUAUGAAGGACUGGAGUUCAUCUAA